ACUGAAUAUUCAUGAUAUAUGCAAAUACCCUCCACCCCUACCCUCAAACGUCGCUCGUGGUGCUCAUCUCAGAUCAGUGACGCGGACUCACACACCUCAAGCCGUGCGCACAGCCCCGCCCACAUCUGACUCUGGAUCGGCGGACAAUACUGGAGGGAAAGCUGAAGUCUAAUGAAGCCAUCAUGGCCGUCAGCUCCGGCUCUCUCCCAUUAUCAGAAAUUGAACGGGCUGUAACGGCAGGUGUGCGGGCUGCACUUCAAGCUGCUGUUCCGCAGGCGUUGAAUACACCAUUAACGGUCUCCACACUACCAGAUGACACACACAGGCACCCAGGCACAGCCACUGCCAGCCUAGCUACUGCUGUCACAUCACUGAGAUCACAUGAGCAUACUUCCAUCUCCAGAGAGGACAUUGAGAGUUUGCUGGCGCUUGGCACAACACUUACUGAAGUGGCAAAAGUCCUGCAGAUCUCCCGGCCUACGUUGUACAAGCUCAUGCAGGACUACAACAUAAGGCACACAAGAUUUUGCAACAUUUCUGACGAAGAAUUAGAUGCAACCAUCAAUGAAAUAAAAUCGGAACAUCCUAAUAUAGGACAAAUUAUGCUGAUUGGACAUUUACGUUCGAAAAACAUUGUUGUGCAGAGAUGUCGUAUCAGACAGUCUGUACAAAGGAUUGAUGCUGCUGGUAUUGAGUCCAGGAGAACCGCAACAAUUCAGAGGAGGGUAUACACUGUGCCUUUUCCAAAUUAUAUAUGGCACAUAGAUGGGAAUCAUAAACUGAUCAGAUGGAAAUUAGUUGUGCACUGUGCAAUGGAUGGAUACAGUAGACUCUUAGUCUUCCUUCAGUGUUCCAGUAAUAAUAUGGCUGAAACUGUUAUGGAUCUAUUUCGCACAGCCAUCAGCAAAUAUGGCCGACCCCUUCAUGUCAGAACUGAUUAUGGGGGGGAGAAUGCCCAGAUUUGGCAAGACAUGAGACUGCACAGGGGUGAGACCUCUGUUCUGACUGGCAGCUCUGUUCAUAACCAGCGCAUUGAAAGAUUUAAUCGGGACUUGAACAAAAACUGCAGAGAUGUGUUUGCACCCAUUUUCAAUGAGCUUGAGUCAACAGAAGCAUUGGAUGUUGACAAUGAUACAGAUUUAUUUUGUCUACAUUAUGUUUACAUUCCCAGGAUCAAUCAGACAUUGAAUGCAUUCAAAGCAGCGUUUAACAAUCAUUCAGUUUCAACUGAAGGGAACAGGACACCGCUGCAAAUGUUCUCCCUAGACAGACAUACGCUCCUGUUAAACCAUCCAGAUGCUGCUACACAGAACAACAUAACAGUAGAUUCAGCAUCAACAUUGCAUGCACCUGUCUCCUUGUGCCCACUUAACCACCAAGACCUGCAAGAACUGGCUGUCACAAUUAACCCACUUGAACAUGAUGGAAACAAUGGAAAGACAACAUAUCAACGAGUACAAGAAUUCGUCUUCCAUAAGCUUGUAAAUGAGUAA